AUGCUUCCAAACUGCCCUCCAAAGACCCUUUGUGGCUCCUCAUUAAUGGCAUUAGCGCAAUCGCUUGACCUGGCAACGCCGUGUAAUCCCCCCUGUCGCUGCUGGCAACAAGGACUAAGACGUUGGUGCCUACAAAAUUGCAGAACUGUACGUAAAUUGUCCAAUAUAUUAGCCGAGUCGGUGGAGAAGAUCUGUCAGUUUCUUUACGAUCUCACCCUACAAAAGUUCAGUCGCAUAAUGAAUCCCAAAAUGUCCGGUUGGAAUAUAUAUCGUGUGCCUCUGGUGCAAUCAUACACCUGUGAUCUAUACGAUGGCAUUUUUGAUCGGAGUGGCAAUCUUCGUAGACCAAUGCAUCCGAAAAUACUUGACCUAUUGCUAGAAAUUUUGCAAAAAUUUCUGAAUAUGCCAAGUGAAGAAGAUGCAAACAGAGCAAAAAUGCAAAGUAGAGCCAGAGACAGAUCUCCAUCAAUGAUAAGGCUAGGUGAAGCAGUUCCUGAUGGAAUAUUUGGAAACUAUAAUGGGCUCGGUAGGACAUCAAAAUUUGAUCCUUUGAAAAGUUUAAGCGGCAAGAAUACAGGGUAUUUUAGCGAUUUUGGUGAUUCUAGACAAUCGGAUGAUACAUUUUAUAAUGGAUCGCAUCGUAAUGGCUCGAUGGAAGAUAAAUUAAAAUUUGGAUCGUAUCGGUUUAAUCCUUUUGAAUCGUUAGGCAAAGAUAGAUUGAGUUAUCAAUCGAAUCGUGUUGUCCCAUGGGACGCCAAGGAACUUGACAUCACAAAAUGGUUAGAUCCUUUUGAAACAUUGGACAAAGACAAAUUAAAUGAUGGGUCAAAUCGUGCUGCUCGGCGGUGGGUUUCAAAGGAUCCUUUUUCUAUAUUAGGCAAAGAUAAUACUUUCAUGAAAAAAGUGUCUGGUCAGUCAAAAAGGGGGAGCAGAGAACAAAAUUCCACAUUUCUAUAUCAACAUCGAAAUUCGAUUUCCUCUAGUAGAGGAACAAAUAAUGACAGCUAUGAUGUGAAAUAUAUUUCGAAUCUAUAUGGUGCUGUUGUAAAGAAUCCAGGAACCGCAGGUCGCCUCCUAUCGCACUCUUCACGUUUGGGAAGUCGUUCCCCAUCCAUUGGCAAGUCUGAAAGACGCUAUUAUGGCGCCCAAGUUCCAGUGCUCAUGCAUGAACCCUUCGAUAGUCAAAAACCAUGGACCUGGCAACGACGACAUCCCCAGCAGGCGAGAGUGCUUCAAGAUGGCCGCAUGGGUAAUACCAAAAUUCAUCGCUAUAAACGCAAGUCAAUACAGCAGGAAUACGAUAAUCUCAAACAGAGAUAUUCCCUGCAUAGCACAUUCACAAAUGGCAGUGGCUCGAUAGGAACCGCUCCAAUGUUUGGUACUCCUCAAUCCAUGGGAUUUGUAAUGCUCAAGCCCAACUAUAAUAGAAAUUCUGAUCCAAUUAAAUUACAGAAGCGUAAAAUACGCAGAUGAAACUUCAAAUUCAUUUUUCAAAAUAGAUUUUUUCUCUUUUUUAA